CAUUUUCAUUUCCAUCGAUUCUAUUUCACCUAUUCUCACUCAAAGGAACAAGGUCUCUCUCACUCUAGCUAGAAAGAAAGAAACAUACAUAGGCCUUGACCUUCAGGUGCUUCUUUUAACAAAGCACACACCCACCUCCCUAAGUUAACCCUAAAACCAGAAGUCCAGAACCAACCCUUUUUCUGAUCUGCCACCUCUCUCUCUCUCUCUCUCUCUUAAUUAGUUGCUCACAAAAAGAGUGCUUUCUUCUUUGUAUGUCUGUUCCUUCUUCUUCGACCUCCUAACUAGAGUAUAGUUAAGACCAUGGCAUGGUGGGCUGGGCAGGUGGGUUUACCCGGAGGACUGAAACACGAAGGCUCAGCUGGCAGCAGCACUCCGAUGAAGUUAAUGAAACCAGAUCUGGGAAUCUCCAUGAACAACAGUUCCACUAGCCACCUCCUUGGUGGUGGAGGUGGAUCAGGAUCAGCUGGCGACGAUGAUGAUGAAAGGGACAACGUCAGCGGCGACGACCCCAAGGAGGGCGCCGUCGAAGUCUCAGGCAGCAACAGGCGCCCGAGAGGACGCCCUCCGGGAUCUAAAAACAAGCCGAAACCACCCAUCUUCGUGACAAGGGAUAGCCCCAACGCCCUUCGGAGCCACGUCAUGGAGAUCGCCAACGGCGCUGACAUAGCUGAAAGCGUGGCGCAGUUCGCUAGGGCGAGGCAGAGAGGCGUCUGCGUGAUGAGUGGCAGCGGGACCGUCACCAACGUCACGCUCCGGCAGCCUUCAGCUCCCGGAGCGGUCAUGGCCCUCCAUGGAAGGUUCGAGAUUCUCUCCCUGACCGGAGCGUUUUUGCCCGGGCCAGCACCACCAGGGGCGACUGGAAUGACCAUAUACUUGGCGGGCGGGCAGGGACAGGUCGUCGGAGGAAGCGUGGUUGGCCCUCUUAUAGCUUCUGGACCGGUCAUGGUAAUAGCAGCCACUUUCUCUAAUGCUACUUAUGAAAGACUGCCCUUGGAUCAAGAGGAGGAUGAUCAGCCGCCUGCCCCGAAUUCGGGGCAGACGGCUGGAGGUGGUGGAUCUCCACCCGGUAUUGGGGGGAGUUUGGGCGAUGCGAAUUCGUCUAUGCCGCCCGGGGUUUACAAUUUACCGCCUAGUUUGGUUCCGAACGGUGGAGGGCAGCUGAACCAUGAGGCAUAUUCAAAUUGGGCUCAUGGUGGAGGUAGACCUCCAUUUUAAUCGAAUCAACCAGAGAGUAAUAUAUCCUCUACGCUUUAAAAUUUUAAUUUUGAGAGGUGAAGCAGAAGGAAAUUAAUUAGGAUGAGCUAGCGCGCUGCAUGUAUUUCUAGCUGUAUUCUGUGCUUGUACUUAAUUAUUUAGAGGUAUUGAAGAAGAUUAUGAUGAUCAUCAUGAGAAGUACUAUCAUCUGUAUAUUUGCAAUAACUAUAUAUCAAUGCUAGAAGCUCUCACUUUGAAAUCAACAA